AUGACCGAACUCAGCGUUUACGACAAUGACCCGACCAUAUACCUCUUCACAUCCCUGACCGCCGGAUCUUCGCACAUCAUCACUGCCACCUCGCGAAUUGAGACAAUUCUCAGAGCGAACAAGAUCCCAUUUAAAGGGGUAGACACGGCUACUGACGAGCUAGCCAAGAAGCUGUUCCAGCGGAGAGCAAGUGGAAAGAAGUUGCCCCUGAUAGUCAAGGAAGGAUAUGUGCUAGGUGGCAUCACUGAGAUUGAAGAAUGGAACGAAUACGACGAGAUCAGAGAGGCGCUGGGGGUGACCUCAGCCUUCACCCCCUUUCCCGCCAAACCAGGGCCGCCGCCCAUGGCAGCCUCCGCCAGCACCACCGCGCCCACAUCGCUCAAGAGCGCAGCUGCAAAGGAAGACAACACCCCGACUCUAAGCCCAGAGACGAAUCUCGCGCUGCGAGAGCUGGGUGCUGAGGCAGCAAAGAAGGCAGCUUCAUUGAAGCCCGUCCCUGGCAAUAUCAAGACUACAAAUCCGUUGUUGGCUGAGAAGACGAAUACCCCGACUUCUGCGACGAUGCUCAAGAGUCCGUUGAAGGAAGAAUUGAAGAAUGUUCUUUCGCCCCGGUCUGUCCCCCUGCCUGAUACGCCCAAGGUUGCGACACCGACUACACCCAGCGUCGCGGCGGAUGCAAAGGCGGCUGAUGCUACAGCGAAGACGGAUGUAAAGGAGGACGUAAAGGAGGAUACAAAGGAAGAAGUCAAGGAAGACGCAAAGGAAGAUGAGAAGGAGGAAGUGGAUGCGGAUGCGGAUGCGGAGGCAGAGGCGGAAGUAAAGACUGAGGCAAAAGCUGACGCGACAACCGAAGAAGAGACUGAAACAAAGCCUGAGGCUAAAGUUGAAGCAAAGGCUGCGCCAAAGACUGAGGCAAAAACUGCACCAAAGACCGGAGCAAAAACCGCACCAAAGGCAGGAUCAAAGACCGAAGCUAAGACCGAGGUAAAGAAGGGUGUGAAGGCGAUAGUCAAGCCCGCUGCAAGCAAAGAUAUCAAAGCCAAGGACACCAAGGCGAAAGAUACUAAAGCAAAAGACGUCAAAUCAAAAGAUGUCAAGCCAAAGGAUACCAAGACAAGCACCACAGGCUCUAAAAUACCAAAAGCGUCAUCAUCGUCGACGGCGACAGCGACAACAAAAACAACGCGGAAACCUACAACGGGUCUCUUUGGUGUCCCAAAGACUGCGCCGAAGGCCAAGCCCAAAGCGGCAUCUACAUCUACGAGCAAAACUGCAACCUCUGCAACCUCUGCAUCAACCAGCAGGGCUGCGACCUCGGCAUCUGCUAGCAAAGCUGCGGUCAAAUCCAAGGAUGCAAAGCCAAAGGAUGCAAAGGCAACAAAAGCAACUGCUGCGAAGAGCAUUCCCAAGAUAUCCGAUGUACAAAAACCCGUCCAAACACCUCCUUCCAUGCAUGAUGACGCCAAGAAUGUCGCGCUGAGUGCCGGUCCGAUUAGCACUACUCAGGCAGAAGCCAGUAAAGAGGAAAAGGAAGAGGAAAAGGGGGGUAGUAACGAGGAAGAAGACUCUGAAGAGGAAAGCUCUGAAGAGGAAGACGAUGAGGAGACAGACAAAGAUGCUAGCACAGCCGCAGCCACAAAGGAAGGGACUACUACUGCUGCUGCUGCCGCCGCCGCUGCCACCAAAGAAAGCACUUCUGAGGAGGAGGACGACGAAGAGGACAGUGACGAGGAAGAAAGCUCCGAAGAAGAAUCUGCAGAGGGCGAAGCCGCAAAGGGAAAAGCAGCAGUACCAGCAGAGAAGAAAAAAGAGGAAGAAGAGGAUGAUGACGACGACGAAGAAGAAGACAGCGACGAUGACGAAGAAGAAAGUAGCAAAGAAGAAGAAAAAGAUGAAAAGGACCCCAAGACCCAGGAACAACCUGCAAAAGCCCAGGAUAAAGCCGGUGUCAGUGUAAAAGACUAG